AUGAACUGCCGCACAACAGACAGGUGCCACACCAAUAUCAGACGGAGGGAUCAGCGCUCGCUCGACAUUCAAACUCGCGUGUUCAAGAAAAUCCUUACAAGCGCGGAGAACCUCAAUCGCCGCAACGACGAUAUAAAAUACCAGAUCCUCGCUCUCCCUCAUACUCAGCCCCACCAGCUCGGAAUUCCUCUUCUGGUUUUAGCUACCAAACAUCUGCCACCAAUGUCUAUCCCCGCCAAUACCGCUCGUCCUCGUCUCGAGACGACAGGCCGUCAAUUGCUCACUCUAGAGAAGGAUGGGCCGAUCCAGAUGGGUUUCUGGGUACCCAACCGUGUCUACGCUACGGCCAAGUAUCUCAUCCCAUUGCGCCGGCAUCUCGACACGCUCAAAACCAGGGGUAAUUUGAUCCGCCUUCACGAGACUAUUCAAGCCUUCAAGGAUUGGGUCACCACAAAUAGUGUUUACCGAAUGCUAGUCAAUCGCAUGAUUGACGAAGCCAAUGCCUUUGUGGCUUCUCUCGACCCAGCAACUGUCGCAGAGAUAACAAAGGACGGGAUACCAUCCAUAUCUAUGGAUAUGACGAGUUCUUUUGGUACCUCCACUUGA